UCACACAGCGGGCAAAUAUACCCGAAGUGUUGCUGAGCUACGUUCUCUCGCGUGUGAGCUGUGCGUUUGCGUAAUCAAUCUCCUGGCUUCACCGCUUCCGUUGUUAUAAGAUGUGUGGAAAAUACCCUCAGUCGCUUUUCUGUUUGUGACGUACUCUUCACGAUAAGCUAGAGAGCUCGCGCUUUCACCACUCUAGAGUAAUGGUGAACUGUUUCCUCCCAAACCACAGAGGCAUUAUUUAGAGCCUCUGUUUGAUAGCAAAUUACAUUAGUGGCAGUUCCUUCUGAUGCAGAGGGCUGGAGAAUAGUACAGUGAUGCACACUGAGGUACCCUGUGUCAAACUUGGGUUCAGCAAGAAAGAAACAGAGGGGAAGAAGAUAUAAUUUUUUUCUUCAAUAAAGUGAACACCCUGCAUCUCUUCUACAGAAAAAAAAGUUUAGGAGCAGCAGCAGAUUGGGAGCCUGAAGUCCUGUUGUUUAUAGGAGAUAGCAUACUACCUUGACCCAGCAAAGAAAGUGUGUUCAGCAGAUGAUGAGACUGUAGAAAUGAUGGCUUCAUGGAAAAGGGCUCCUUUCGUCCCUCUUCAAAAAUAUGACACAGUGCAAAUGUAUUUCUAAUGAAAGAUGAACACAGACAGUUCAAAGGACUCAUAGAUUUUUUGAUUGCUGAACCCUGCAUUAGACUUCAGUAACACCUAUCCCUGGUGGUGAUCAAGAUUCCCUAAAAAGACAAACUGUGGGAAUCAGAAGAGAAAAUGUCCCAGGAACUUGACCUCCACUUACUUAAGGGAUUGGAGCGAGAAGUUGUUUUAAAUGUCCUGAACCGUGACCAGAUGCUGAGAAAGGUGGAUGAAGAACGAAUAAGGAAACUGAAAAUGCAGCUGCAAGAACUUCGAUGGAAAGGGGCAAAAAGCAGAAACCAUGAAUAUUGGAAGAAAUCAUGUGCCCGCUGUCAGAAAUCUCUUGGAAUGCUGAUAAAUAGAGGUGCAGUGUGCAAUGGGUGCAGUCAUCAAGUAUGCUCCAGAUGUCGCAUCACUAAGAAUCCCUACCUGUGGAAGUGCACUGUCUGCUACGCUCAUGAGGAUAUUAAGGUGAAAAUGGGCGAGUGGUUCUUUGAGGAGCGAGCAAAGAAAUUUCCAGCUGAAGGUAGACAUGAAACUGUUGGCGCAAGGCUCUUGAAAUCUUUUGAAAGACUAAGUAACAUAUCGGUGGUUCCUCCAACUCCCCCUCCAUUUGCUGAAUCCACAAGUGCAGUGGAACUUGACCAGUGUAAAAGUUUCCACAGGUCUGUGGAAAACUUGUUUCUGUCAUUGACAUCACACAUGAAACUAAUUUCAAAGUCCCAGGAUGAUAUGACAGCUGAGAAAUGUCUACUAACAGCAGAUUAUGGGAAGCAAAUGGAUCCAAAGAAGGAGAGGAGAAGCCUGUCUGAUACUGCCAUUGACAUUGCAUCCAGGGUAAACAAUGCCCUAAGUCUUCAUCGGCUCAUAAGUGGGGAACAAGAUGCCAGUGGACUUGCUCCCAAAAGGAAUUCCAGCGAAGAGAUAAUUCCAUCUAGUGCCAUAAGUGAAACCAAAUUUUCUGCAGGCAUAAGACAUGGUAGUUCAUAUAGCAUUAACAGCACUUGCACUGAGGCUGGUGACUUUGAGAAGGCUGAUGUCAGUGGUGAAAUAGAAUUUGCUAUCAGAUAUAUCUUCAAAUCUGGCAUUUUAGAAGUAUGCAUCAAGGCCUGCAGGAACUUAGCGUAUGGAGAGGAGAAAAAGAAAAAAUGCAACCCGUACGUCAAGACUUACUUGCUGCCUGACAAAUCUGCUCACAGUAAACGGAAGACCUCUGUCAAAAAGAACACAUUGGAUCCAGCAUUCCAAGAAAUGUUAAAGUACAAGAUUGAAUACUCCCAGCUAGAAACACGACAACUUCAGAUAUCUGUGUGGCAUGCUGGGAUUUUCAGACAUAAAGUAUUCCUUGGAGAAGUGGUGAUACCAUUUGAAUCUUGGGAUUUUGAAGACAGUUCAGCUCAGUCAUUCAGUUGGCAUCAACUUAAAGCAAAGCCUGAACAGUCUGAAGAUAAUGUGGUCGAGUACAGUGGAGAACUUAUGGUGCGUGUAAAGCUGGCUUCACCUUCUCUGUAUAACAAGUUUCAAUAUGAAGAGCAGGUGAAAGAAAAUACAAAGCACUGGAUGCAAGACAGAGCACAUCCUGACUACCAGCUUCAUCUUAUAGUACUUGGAGCCAACAAUUUGCCUAUAAUAAGACCUGAUGGCCUACUGAACUCUUUUGUUAAAGGCUGCCUGUCUGUCCAGGGGCAAAGUGACUUCAGAAAAAGGACUCCUGUGCUGAAGAAACAAGCCCAGCCACAAUGGAAGCACUUGUUUGUCUUUAACGGGGUUACUGCAUCUCAGCUGCAGCUAUCUUGUCUGGACUUAACUGUCUGGGAUCAAGGACCAUUUGGUUUACGUGAUCAGUUCUUGGGUGGAGCAAGACUUGGAAAAGAAACAUCAACCAGUUCUGUGGAUGCAGCCUCCCAAGCAUGUCUUCAGUGGGAAAAGAUGCUGAGCAGCCCAGAUGUAUGGACAGACAUAAUACUUACACUGUCUGCUAAUGCCCCUGCAUUUAAAUUCUGAUCAGUCCUGUUCAGAAUAUCUCCUGCUUUAAGAACAAAUGGAAAGCUACUGGUAGCAUUGGACGUUGCCUGCUGAGACAAGUAUGGGAUGUUAUUUUAACCCCAAGAAAUAAAAGUCAUUAACAAAAAACUUCACAGUACACAAAUACACCUCUUGUCCAAGUCAAGGCUACACCCUUCAGUCCCAACCUUUUUCCUUCUCCAUUUCUAUGCUACUUUGACAGCCAUCAGCUUUGUUCUUCUUAAAUCAGUCUGGCUAAGCUUGCAAUUUCAGCAGGGCUGUACAAGUAAGAAUAUGCACUAAUAUUUCAUUAAUUGAGAUAUCUAGAACUACAGCCAAAACAUUUCAGCAUCUGAAGAAGUUUUUUUGCUUGUCAAAGUCCAAAAGCAGGAUCCUUCCAAAGAAGGUUUGAGAGAACCCUUUGUGUGGAUUAUAGAUACAAUAAAGCAAAGAGAA